AACUAAAGCUAUCUUUUUCCUAAUAUCAAUUGAAUGCUGAAUGGAGAAUAAUGUAUUAUAUGAAAGUUUACAGAAUAUUCAGCAGUAUAAUGUUGUUGAAAUACUCAAGUUCUUCAUUCGAAACAUAUUGAAAACUUUUGAAUUACAUGUAAAUAUAUGUAUGAACCAUGAAUAUUUCAUCUCUGGACAACAUUGUGUGGUGUAACAAGUUUCAAGAGAAAAGCGAUUCAAUAAUGAGUGACCAAGAUGAUCCACUGGCUCAACCGCAGACCACUCCCCGCAGCUCGCUUGGUUCCGGUGUCUUAUCAUACAGUAAUUCAUCCAUAUCACCUUCGACUAGUUCUAGUAGUUCGCAAGGAUCGGCCAAAUCAGCUGUUAGUGAAUGUCUUGGAGCAUGGUUAAAUUAUUUGCAAAUCAUGAACAACUUCUGUGCGGCCGGUUAUCGCCUGGCACAAUCGAUUGCAGCUCUUGAGCCAUGGGCCACUCUCGACCAAUCAACUCAAACUCAACAACAGCAAGCUCAGCAACAACCUUUCGUGACGCCGCAAAUUCCUUCACAUAUGGCUUUCCAGUUUAUAACAGCUUGGGAUGAUUUAGCUCGGGCUUCGGUGGUUGCAACAAGUACAGUGAAAUCACACAUUGUUAGUGUAUUACAGGAUUUCAAAACACAGCCCCUCAGCUCAGUGGAUCAGGAUGGUGAAUUGCAGCAUCUCAGAGAAUAUAAUCAGCUUAUUCUUCAAGAUAAUGCACAAACCAUGAUCAAUCUCCAACAUCAGUUUUGUGUGGCAUCUUGCGAUUCAUUUGCACAACUAAUGUGUUGUUAUCAAUGUCAAACUCAAGUCGGUUUUCCGCAUGACCCGGAAUGUCCGAUGAUUCAGCAUCCAAUGUCAGCUGCUGCUGCUAUAGCCCGAAGUGACCAACGUUCUCAAACGCCAUCUCCACACUUUGGAAUGAAAAUACAGGAAGCUAGACUGUAUGACCGAGGUUCGAUAUCAACCCAGGGAUCAUCAGACCACGGCACAACAGCUUACGAACAAACACGUGGACCAUCACCCCAUGACAUUCGUGGACCAAGCCCAAUUCAGGGAUAUCUAGAUAAUAUACGAGGUCCUCUCCCGAAUCCUGGACACCUUUCUGGCAUGAAAGCUCCAUUUUACCGCGGAUCCAGAAGUCCGUUGAAUUUUCCAUUGUUCACGUUAAAUGGUCAGCGACGCUGGUCCGAAGCAGCGGCUGGUGAAGUCAAUUCCGAAUCGACACUGGAUGCCGAAAGUCAAAUGCGCCGCUGGUCUAUGCCAUGGGAAGCCAAGGCAGACAAGUCAACAGUUCACUGGAAUCAAACUCGAAUAAUGCCCAUUUCAAAGCUUGCCGUUCCACAGCAACAAUCCAGCGGCCAAAAAUCAUCAACUGGAGAUCGUAGUCAAAGCACAACACCGGACUCAACCUGGCACUCUUCGGUUACUAGUCAAGAUGGCUUGGUGGAGGCAAUACAAUUGUUAUCUUGUCGACCGAUCUAUCGGCUUCCAUCGUUGCCACCAACUAGCAUAGGACCACCAUUUGUAGAGGAACCUAGUUGUGCGAAUUUCCAACAGCAGCCGACAGCUGCACAUCAACAGCUGACCAACUCAGGUUUGUAUGGAAUUUGGACCCAACAAAAUCCACCGAGUACAAUGUUCCGGCAACAAUCGAUUCAAGAACGUGGAGUAGCUCCAUUCAUGCAGUACAUUCGGGAACAAGAGGGAUCUCUCGACGAAAACCCACCACCCUAGGAAGAUGAAUCAAAAUAUUAAAUUAUACUUCUCAUACGAUAUUAUUGUGUUAGCUUCCAUUCACAACAGUUGUUUGGUUGAAUCCACGCUUAAGAUAUACAAUUCGUACUAAAUGUCGCAUAACGUUAUUUAUAAUUAAUACGAGAUAUCUGUCGAUGUGGAAUGUUUAAUCGUGGUCAUGAACUCGCUCUAAGUAAAAAACCAAAGCACAAACUCAAUAGUAACGUCGAAUGUUCAAUGUUCGUGUGUAUGUAAACUGCUCUACUUUUAGUGUAACAAAGAAAAUAAAUUGAAAUUACGAAAAUCGAAUUUUUUAAGUUCGACACAUUUUUCAAAUUAGAUAUAGUUAGUUCAUUAUUCAUGAUAAAAAAAAACAGGAAAAGCUGUUUCUGAUUGAAAUUAUUCGCACGAUGUAACUCGUACAGUUUUAUUUCUUCGGGAAGACAAAAAUAACAAUAACUAAAACAACACAUUUAUCAAAAAGUAAUGCAAUCGAAAAGAUCUUGAAACUUUUUUAUGCUAAAUAUUCUCUUUUUGCAGUUUCUCCCGAUAAUCAGUGAUGUGUGUUAUUGAUUUUUCCGAUGUACUUUUUCAGCGCUCAUCAAGACUGAUUAUAGUAAAUAGAUAAGCAAAAGGAGUGGUUUUUGAUAAUGUGAAGUGAAAAAAUAAACAAACGACUCAAUAGCCCAAUUUUACAUUGUAGAAAAAUGAAAACAGUACACAGGAUUCGAAUCUCUAUAGAUUAUCGUCAAAUAUGCUCUUGAUUGUGCUACAUUUGAUAACUAUUCUAGUCUAUACUUACAAAAAACAUUAGAAAGAAACCUUGAAAAAUGAAAAAAACCAAUACUUGACAUUUUUCUCAUUAACAUCAAUAAUACUGACUGACUGCAAAACACAACAAUUAUCAACUGUACGAAAUCGGUGACGGUAAUAAAAUUCAAAUAUUACAACACUGUCAAA